UAUUUCCCUCCCAGAAACCUUCUUCUCUUUCUCUUCUCUCUCUGCUCUCCACGCCGGAGUUUCUAUCGUGAAGCUUUUCGAUCGGAGAAAUUAGCAUAACGAAGAAGAAGAAGGAGAGAUGACGAUGAGCAGCACUGCUGGGCCUUUUGGAGAUACGACACUGACCAAAGUGUUUGUUGGAGGAUUAGCAUGGGAGACACCUAAGGAAGCCAUGAGAGAGCACUUUGAGAAAUAUGGUGAGAUCUUGGAGGCUGUUAUUAUCUCCGAUAAGGUCACUGGCAGAUCCAAGGGCUAUGGAUUUGUCACGUUUAAGGAUGCUGAAGCAGCAAAGAAGGCUUGCGAAGACGCUGCUCCUAUCAUCAACGGUCGCCGAGCCAACUGUAAUUUGGCUUCUCUCGGUGCACGCCGUCCAAGGUCCGCCACUCCGGCUCCUCCUCAACAAGCAUCCAACGUUGGGCAGAAAUCCACAUCACCAGCAAAUCACGUGCAGUGGUACUAUCCGGCUGCAUCCCCAUAUCACCACCACCAUCACCAUCACCAGCAGCCCGUUCCCUUUUAUGGGUACACCUCUCCAACUUAUGUAGCAACUGACAUCAGUUACAAUCAUAAGCUGAGCUACACAGGCGGGUCCUACAUGAACGGACAUUUCUCUCAGGUGUAUCCGGGGCAGCCUAUUAUGGGUGCGAAUGCAGUGAUGCCCAUGUACCCGUUUUAUCACUUCCAUCAAUCACAGACGAUGGGCCUACCUGCCCAUAUUUACCCACCAGCAACAGCAAGCCCCAUCACGACAGUCCCUACCAUAAUGUCAAAACCUCCGUCAAUAGCUCCUAACACAGUUUGCUUGGCUGUGGAAUAGGUACAGUUGGCAACUUGGCAUGCACAGGGAUCAAAAGCUUUAAAAAGGCUGGCUAAGGACAAUUAGAGAGGCACUUUAGUUGGCAAAAUAACAAGACAGAGGAAGGAUGGUAGUUGCUGCAGAGACAACAUUAUUUUUUUCAUAUGCCUUUCUUCCCUAUUGCUUUAUUUAUUUAUUUUUAAACACUUCUUAUUAAUGAUUCUUAGGUGUUUGAUAAUAUUCUUUCAUUCUCUUCUCUUUCCCUCUAACAUCUCAGCAUGAGCUGUGAACUGAACUAUUAGUGAUUAAAAAAAUGUAACAGAGCCAGUAGUUACUUUC